AUGGCAAAGGUUGUAAUGGUGAGGUGUUACCUGCUCUUUUUAUUACCUCUUACACUCUGUUGUGCUUGUGGGUUAGUAUGGGCUGAUAGUCCUAAAGCUUCUGAGUCCAGUAAUUGUGUGACUUAUGUUGGUGUUCCUCCUUUUUUUGUUAAGAUUGAUUCUUGCGAUACGUCUGGUAAUGCUACUAAGGCUGCAGAACCCACAAAACCUGCUUCAGGUAAACCGGGUCCCGAUACUCCUGGUGAUCCUAGUGGGAGAGAAGUUAACCAAGUCACUACGAAUUCGCAUCAAGAGCAAGAAGUAUCCCAAAGUGAUCACGAAAAGUUAACAGGUGAUUCUGAAAAUAAACGUAGAACAGGAACUCAGGUUGUUGAGCAAACCUUAAAAGGAGACGGUACCCCAUCAAGUACUCCGGUAACGAACAACUCUGUUAGUUCCCUUGAAUCUGCAGAAGGACGGAUU